AAAUUCCUCACAGUUGUAUCCAGAGCCCAGUCUCCCAAGUGAUUCUAGAUUCUGUCAAGUAAACAAUUAACACUAACCAUCAAAGUAUCAUUCUGUAGUCCUGGCUGGCCUGGUACUCACUGUGUAGCCCAAGCUAGGGCUCCUCCUUUCUCAAGCACCAUGCUUGGUUCCAAUCUACAGUUAAUAACCACCCCAUUUCGUAUGCUGUUAAGAAUCUUUUUUGGCCACAGCUCUUUAUCUAGCUUUCAACAUCUAGCCUCUUCUCUUUGGCACUUAAACUUAUUUUAAAGACAAUGCCUCUACCAUAAAAAGAUAUGUGAGCAGAAGAGUGGUUGCCAGAAAAGGUAGAAUAAAGGUGGAAUGGGAAGGUAAGAGAUGGGUUAAAAUGAACAAAGUCACAAUCAAUCAGGAGGAGUAAGUUCUGGUGGUCUACAUGAAGAGUAAGGUGCCGUCCGAGAAGACCUUCAAGCAGCGCUGCAGCUUCGAUCAAAGAGUGGAAAAUGUCCGGCUCAUAGGGGAGCGGCACCCCACCAAGAUCCCUGUUAUAAUAGAGCCAUACAAGGGUGAGAAGCAACUGCCUGUCCUGGACAAAACCAAGUUCCUUGUACCUGAUCACGUGAACAUGAGCGAGCUCAUCAAGAUAAUUAGAAGGCACUUACAGCUUAACGCCAAUCAAGCUUUCUUCCUCCUGGUGAAUGGGCACAGCAUGGUGAGUGUGUCUACACCCAUUACUGAAGUGUACGAAAGUGAGAAGGAUGAAGACGGCUUUCUGUACAAGGUGUAUGCCUCCCAGGAGACAUUUGGAACAGCACUGGCUGUGUAAGACUAAAACAAUGCCUAAUGUUUGUUAAGCCCUUAUCAAGGAAAAAAGGGACGUUACCAGUGGAUGCUGGUCAGCUCACACUCACAGAUCAGAACGUAGGCGCCCACCUAGGGUGUUAGGAACUGUUUGUCAGCCAGAAACUGAGCUCCAUGCAAGCGCAUACAGCUUGGAAACUCUCUUGUGUUCAAACUUUAGAAGUUUAAAAAUAAAAUACUUUGCAUCCUAAGUUGCCAAUAAAAAAAAGACAGUACUGAAACAUACAGUUCAAACUGGUAGAAAAGAACACUUUGAACAUACUCGCUGAUCACUACAAGGAGAUAACAGAUACUUGAGACAAUAGUAUCCCUAAUACUUGCACUGAUCACCACACAGUCUAUAGACAUACCAAAUCAUUACCCUAUAGCUGAUAAAGAAGAAUAAUCAUUAGCUCAAUAAAAAUAGCAGUAAAAAAUAGAAAGAAAUAACUAAAAAUAUCAAACUUGAAAACACUAUUUCUAGACCUUACUGAGAUGAAAAUGAUUACUACCUCACCUAGACAAAUUAAAGUAUAUUCUGUAUUUUGAGUCUCCUUCCUAAUCUAAAAAUAAGGCUAGUAGCUAGAAGGCCAGAUGUCAGGCUUGCUACAGAUCACACUUACAAAGUUUUUAUUCCAGUGUUACAUGUGACAAGUUGAAAAUUGCUGUGUGUUAGUCAGAGUACUCUAGAAGACAGAACCAACAGAAGGAAGGAAUGGACACACACACACACACACACACACACACACACACACACACACACACACUCACACAUGUUUACACAAUGUAUUCUGCUUAGUCCAUCAAAGGCUGUCUAACACUGAUGAGGCUGAGAACACUGAGGCUGGGUGCCCAACCUGGUGCUAAAAAUGUGGAGGAUACCUGGAGAGCCAUUGGCCUUCAGUCCAUGUUGGAAGCCUAAUUAAGGUAGUUUCUGAUAUCAGUAAAAGGAAAUGGCAUCAGCUAAAGCAGUGGCUGUGGUGACAAAAACUCACUAGCAAAUUGCCAAGACAAGCAGGAGAAGAGCAAAGGCUUUUCUCUGGACCUCCUUUCAGCUUGGGUGUCAUAGAAUGUGCCACAAAUAACUUAAUCAAGAAAUUCCUUCACUAAUAGUUCUAGAAGCAUGUCUAUUAGUCAAUUCUAGGUCCAACCAGGUGGAUAACCAAGAUUAAUGAUCACAUGCUGUGUCUAGGAUGUGCCUACUCCUUACCCAGCUAGCUGACUCCAACAUAAAUCUCCAGAUUCUGUCCUGAGCUAUAAGUCAUGCUGAAGGAAUUCCAGUUUUUAACAUCUGAGAUUCUGACAGUGUGUAGAUAUGUUGUUUACAUUGAUAUAUCAUGUAACACAUGGGAAAUUAAUUUUUAGAAUUAUUGAAUGAUUUUUUAGUACAAAACUUUCUAAGUUCUUUGCUAUGUUUAGUGAAUGCCCCAGAAGCAUUCAUUGAAAAACAAAAAGUAGGUGCAUACAUGUAUAUUGGCUCAGUAUUAUAAAAAUAAGUCAUCAAGGACUUAGGCAACAUAGAAGGUUUUGAAGUAUAUUGACUUAAAAUUAUAAUCCAUACACCUUUAUCUUUUCUUCCUUAAAUAUUUGCGAUAAAUAUGUAUUUAAUCAAAUAUUGUAGCAUCCUAUUUGAAAUAUUCUCUGAAAUAAUGAUACUAGAGAGUUGAAAUUAUCCUUAAUUUUCUAUGGAACACAAAAGAAAAGAAGGAAAUUGAAAAUUACUUCUGUACAAAAUUAACUGCUUCUGAGGAAAAUCAGAUGCUAGUGUUUGAGUUAUAAGUAUUCUGAAAAUCAUUAAAUGUGCGAUCUGUGACUUGGAAGAAAAACAUCUAGUUUUUCGUUUGUUUUAAAGAGGGAAGAUAACACAGCAGAGGCCUUGAAGUAGGCAAGUGGCAGCUUGCCUGGGUGUCAAGAAUGAGAGUUUGCAUUAGAUUAUAGAUUCCAUUGGUUUCACUUUAGGAAAAGAGGUAUAUUAAAAUUGAGGUAAGAAUUGUGGAAAUUACAUUUUUAACAAGGGAAAUACUCCGUGAAGGGCAUGUCUUUGGGAUUCACCAGGGUGAGCCUAGACUUUCAUUCUUAUAAUUUCACAGACCAUUAGAGACCUGUGAAAAGACUGCUCUCUUCCACCCACAAAGUUCUUGAAUGGGUCUAGACAGAGUCUCCAUCUCUGAGCAUUGCAGCCAAAUCAUCCCAUUUAUGGACCCUCACAAUCACUGCACUGGAAGCAUGGUGCUGAACUGCAGACUUUAUGAACUAUUUUUUCAUAUUUUUUCUUAAUGCUUAAAUAUGGUGGUAAAUCCUGAUGUUAUUCAUUUCAAUCAUUUCGCAUAAAUUCAAAGUAUGACAAAACAACGUCCUAAUAUAGUGUAAAAACAGGAAGUCAUGAAUACAGUAUUUUUGUGGUGCUGUAGAAUGCUGCCUAAAGACCCACAGGUCUGAAAUUUCAUCUGGACUCAGAGGAUCUCUGACCCAUAUCUUUGUUACCACGCACAUACACAGCAAGAAUUCCAAUACUUGCUCUUAGCUCUCAAGUACAUUUACAUUCAUGGAUAUAAAAAGGAGUUUUGCAAAACAAAGUGAGAUGCUUCCAACACCACCUAAUAAAAGACAAAUUUUUAUGUUUCUUAAGUGUAGUUUUGCUGUGUGGUCCCUCAAAUGGGGAAUCUAAUAGUGUAAACCCUUCAUUCAAAUAAAGGCAGAUAGAUAUUGCUCACAAAGCAUGUUCUUCAAGCCAAUAGUAAAGAGAACCACAAAUCUGUGUACAGUAUAUUCUUUUGUAAUCACCACUCCUUUCCAAAAUAUCCUCUAAAGAUAUAACUUGUUAUUUUACAUAGUGUUCAAAGUCAGACUCUCUUAAAGUCACUAAUAUUUUCUUCAACAUCUCACUAUUUUCCUUAGCCCACUGGCACACAUACCAAUAGAAACCAUGCGAAUUUUCAUUAUUGUCUUUCUCCACAAACAGAAUUACAUGCUGUACAUGAGCGGCAGCAGCAGCAGCAGGACUAGACAGAAUGGUACUACCUUCUUUUUCCUGGUUCCUGAGUUCAUCCCUGAAGCCAUAUGGUGACAGUCCCUCUAGGGUUUGACAAGGUCUCUGUACACAUAUGUUUUGGAAAUAAUGUGCUUAAUUAGUCCUCAAGCUUUUUGUAGAGAACAGCGAUAGACUGGAAACUUGGAGGGACAGGAUCCCUUAACUACAAACACCUAAUUCUAACAACAUUUGGCUAGAACCAUGUCUGUUGUGGCCAUCCUGUUUUUCAGUUCUCUCAGUGGGCUGUGUUUGAAUUGUAUUACAUAGUCAUCAGUUUCUUGGCCUUCCAUUAAUUUUAACAGAACAAUCCCCAGAACAUAGUAAUUCAAACCAAUGAUAUUAAUUUUUAUAAUCUAAAUCUUAACUGCAGACACUAAAGAAUUUAGAUAGUGCUUAAGAUGAAAUCUACAAAAAUGCUGCUUAGCUUAUAUUAUGUUCCUCAUUAUCGUUUGGAGUAUAAUCAACCAUUUGAAAAUAUUUUCUGUAAAUCUAAAUAAUUUUAAUAGUAUCAGAUAUGAAUGUAAGUUUUGCAUUUCUGAAUGGUGCAGGUGUGAAUACACAAUGAGUUCUGAUGCAUGUCAUUUUACUAACAGCGGACCCUAUCAUGCCUGUCACCUGUAAAUAGUUCCUCUUCACAGAAGCAUUAUAAAAUUCUAUUGUAAUAGCACUGUUAUGCUACAAGGAAAAUUUUCAAAUUGUACUGAUUUUCUCUUGGAAACAAUAUGUCUAGGCUUAGUUUAUAAUGUGUGAUGUGAAUCAUCUCCAGACAUCUGCAUUCCUCAGCACAAUUAUUUAUAAUAUUUACUGGCUGCCUUGGAUAUGUAUCACAACAUUAUGUAAUAUGAAAGAAAACCCAUAAGGGAAGAGGAUGGUGCAGCUGGAACAGGGACAGAGUGAGAGAGCAAUGAAAGAGAUACUAUGGUAGAGGGAGACACCAUGGGGAUAGGGGGAAACCUAGUGCAAGGGAAGUUUCCAGAAAUCCACAGGGAUGACUCCAGAUUAGACUAUUAGUAGUGGUGGAGGGGGUGCCUGAGUUGGCCUACCCUAGUGAUUAGAUUGGUGAAGGCCCUAAUGGUCACCAUAGAGCCUUCAUCUAGUAACUGGUGGAAAAAGAUGCAAAGUGCCACAGCCAAGCACCAGGCCGAGCUCCAGAAGUCCAGGCAAAGAAAGGGAAGAAGGAUUCUAUGAGCAAGGGAUAUCAAGAUUAUAACAGGGAAAGUUAGAAAUAUAACCGAAUCAAGCUAGAAGGAACUAAUGAACUUUAGACCAACAGCUGUAGAGCCUGCAUGGGACUAGACUAGGCCCUCUACAUAAUCAAGACAGUUGUGUAACUUGAUCUGUUUAAGAGACCCCUGGCAGUGGGAAUAGAAUUUAUCUCUAGUGCACGAACUGGCUUCUUGGAGCCCAUUACCUAUGAUGGAACACCUUGCACAGUUUUGAUGCAGGGGGAGGGGCUUGGACCUGCCUCAACUGAAUGUGCCAGGCUUUGCUGACUCCCCAUGGGAGGCCUUACCUUUUCAGAGAGAGGAUGGGGGGUGGACUUGGGGGAAAUGCUGUUGUAGGGGAGAGAG